CGACGACGACGACGACGACGACGACGACGACACCGCUUGCUCCUCUCCAUUGUCCCUCUUGCUCCUCAUCCGUGCGUGCUAUCUUUACUUCUCUGCCAUAAUCGCCCCAACGCUUCUGCUCAAGCAACAACAUUUCGCCAGGCACCAGACUGCGAUUCAAGCACACCUCUUGUACAUAAACCCUUCUGUCACGUAUCAAACUACCAACAUGGCACCCUCCUGCGUCGUGGAUCCAAUGGAUUGCAUAUACCAAAACCGAUUGCCAUUCUCUCACUACAAGCGCGCUCCCCCGUCGGAUGACAGUGGACCAGCUCCCCCCGAUAACAAGACCGUCGUCGUCGCAACAGCAGUCGGGGGCUCACUCGUGCUCAUUCUUUCCCUCGCGCUCUUUUUCUGCUGCGUCCGUAAACGACGCGCAUCGCGGAGGAUCGGCCAGCUCCAGCGCUUCCUGCCUACGUUCAUGGACCAAGAAAAGACUGAAAAGUACUUCCAGAGACAUAGUUCGUCUUCGACCCUCGUUGCUGCCCCUGCUCCCAAGGACCUGUCACCACCCUCGAAUGUCCAUCACCGAACACGAUCUGCACCGAUUGCCUUCGAGAAGGGCGCAGGAGAUCAUAGGAGCCGAACAUUGGAGCGUGAGGAGUCCUUGGGACAGUUCCAGCAGAUUUCCCUCACCUCGGACGAACCCAUCAAUGAAAAGGAGGAGCUGGGACCCAGACAAUCCUUAUCUGGCCGGUCUACUCGUUCCCGCUCCGCGACUGUGGUUGCGCCUGCUGCCCAGGUCAAGAGCUCGCUUCACCGCAGCGUCAGCCUCAACAAGCACAGCAACCAGGGAACCAUCAACAGCCGUAAUGCUCCCAUAGGGGUCGAGGAGGACGAAGACGAGGAAUCGGGACAUCCUAACAAGUUUGCAGAGGGUGAGAGUCUUGUCGCCCCGAACCGAUUCUCGGCCUUCCUGGAUUUCAGUCAGUCGAACAAUAACAACCGCUUCUCUGCCACGUCGAUCAUCGAUUUCGACCCCAACUUUGAUCCCUCGCGGUUCUCGAGCGCCUCGAUUAUGUUUGAUGCAAAGAGGAGCUCGAACCUAUCGAACGCCUCAUCCGACGACAACGUGUCAAUAAGCUCGUCGGACGAGUUCAGGAACAACCUUCCGCCACACCAAGAACAGCCCUCAUUCCACAGCCAUCAUAACUCACCAACGAUGCGUGGCCAAGAUGUGGACACGGAGGUUCCCAUACAGACGCUGUCGCACCAAAACCAAAGCCAACCGAUGUACUUUGGAGAUAAACAGGAGUUGGACGAGGAUGAAGAGAUCAUCCCUCAACCGAUGGCAAGGUACACAGGAGUACGAAACUAUCCAAGGCAGGAAUUCUAUCCACCAAUGCAGCAGAACAGCUCGAUGUCUGUGCCUAUGCAUAUGCCGAUGCCGAUGCCUGUGCCCUUUGUGUCAACUUCCCCUGCACUGCCCCCACGUAUCAAGUUACCGCGGCCUCACAGCGGUCAAGAGAUGAGCUUUUCAGUUGCAGAUGCUGAAGUCAAAGGCGACCGAUCCCACUACUAAUAUAGGACUUUGAGUGCUACAGCAGCAAAAACAAAAGAUCUCGCCCAUCAUCUACAGUAAAUAGUUUGUAAAUAAAACAAUCCAUGCUUGUCAAAUAAUACAC